GGGAAAUUCAUGUAGAUUCCUCGUUCAUAUUUUAGUCUCGCACUGUUUGUGUCCGUUGCAACAAGUUUCUCGACGUUGACAGAAUUAAAUUCUUUAUUUGAAUUUGAAAUAAUAAAUUUCGCCCUGAAGUAACAAUGAAGGUGUUACUACUACUCUCCCUCCUGGCUGUGGCCUCCAGCUACCCUAUCGUGAAGACUUGGACCCUCUCCGAGUUGUCUGCGGCCAUUGAGAACAAGAAAGGGGGACGUGAUAUUAUGCCUUAUCUGGAGACAGCUCUUAAUGAGAUCAUGUAUGGACUCUUCACUGGAAACACUGAUAGUAUCCACGCAGCGAUCCCAUCUCCAUCCGGAGGAGACACGUGGACAGUGGAGGAGGUGAAGCAAGCUCUUAAAGAUCCUAUCAUCAAGCCCGAGUUUUUACCAGCUCUGUUGGAAGCACAGGGCUUUGUGGAGCGCAAGAAUGAAACUGGAGAAUUGGAGGAACCUGUGGAAGUAUUGAUACCAGCUUUGGACAUUUCCACGUGGACUGAAUCUGACCUGACGCAAGCUCUGAACAGUCCCAGCACGAAAAAAGAUCUCCUGCCUUUCGUGGAGAAGGCAUUCAACGAUCUGAAAGAGGCUCAAGAAAAUGGUGAAACACGGAAUAUCAUCUACAUGGUGACUCCCGUUGGUCUGAUACCUCCUAAGGCCGACUACGAAUACGUAUUAAAACCAUCGAAACGUCGCGUCAAGAAGACUAAGAAAGGACUUUAAUUAGAAUAUAAGCUGUCAAUGUACGAGA